AUGGGGUAUCUGAGGUGGAGCCGGGGGGACAUGGGGGAAAUUGGGGCUGCCCCCACUCCCCCAGACGUUGCACCUGGAGAUGCCCCCACCCCAAAUCAAUCCCAAAUCAACCCCAAAGAACCCCACUGUGCCCCCCAGGGCCGGAGUGGUUUUGAGGUGGAGUUUGGGAUCAGCUCCAAGCUCCUCCAGCACUACCAGACACACACGGAGGAGAGGCCCUACGAGUGUCCUGACUGUGGGAAGGGCUUCAGGAGAAACUCCGACCUCAUCACCCACCGGCGCAUCCACACUGGGGAAAAGCCCCACGAGUGUGAGGAGUGUGGGAAGAGCUUCAGGCACAGCUCCAGUCUGGUCAGCCACCAAAGGAUCCACACUGGGGAGAGGCCCUACGAGUGUUCUAAGUGUGGGAAGAGGUUUCGCACCAGCUCUGAUCUCGUCAAGCACUACCAGACACACACACAGGAGAGGCCCUACGAGUGUCCUGACUGCGGGAAGGGCUUCAGGCACAAGUCCCACCUGAUCCGCCACCGGCGAAUCCACACUGGAGAGAGGCCCUACGAGUGUGAGGAGUGUGGGAAGAGCUUCUCCCGGAGCUCAGCCUUGACCCAACACCAACGGAGGCACCGGUAAGGGAAGCCCUGCGAGUGUCCCGAGUGUGGGAAGAGCUUCGUGCGCUGCUCCAAUUCCAUCCCCCACUGCAGGACCCACGCUGGGCAGAGCCCUGGUGACCCACGUUUCCUGGGGUCCAUGUUGGGAAGACAACUGCCUGGUGAUCCUUUUAUUUUAGCCCUCGUUUUUCACUCUUCUUUGUCUCUAUGUGCUUCUAAAACCAAGAGGGAUUGAUCUGUCCUCAAAACCACUCAAAUCCCACAGAAAACACCUCAAUUUAGACUCAGAAAGGCUCAAUCACACAUCCAAGUAUCUUGUUCCCUCCUUGAAGCAACUCAAUCCGACACAAACCUUACUGGAUUCCUGAGCCACCAGGGUGAGAAGGGGUUGGAAGGAGAUUGGGACAAGUGGGAUCCAAAUUUGGAGAAGUGGUAUCGGGAUUUUGUGGAGUGGUUGGAUAAGAUGGAUUUGAUUGUAAAUAAAACUUUGACAAUUCCUGAUUUUUGUCUCAUUCAGUUUCAGUCAGUUCCAGGUCUGUUUUCAGUGGCACCUUCUCAGUGAUUGUGUUUGUGUCCUCCUUUCUCUCCUGCCUCUCUCUGCCUGCUCUGUUUCUCUCUCAGGGUCUCCCUUGAGCCAGGGCAGCUCCCACCAAAGACCCUGCCCUGAUUCAAUUCCCAGUGCAGGAGCUGCAACAGCCGUGGGUGAAGUUCUGAAGGCUGGCAGUGAAAUGUCCCUGUAUGAUCUUGCUGCACUUGGCUUUUGGCCCCUUCUGAAGAGCUUUGUCUUCAAGGGCAGGAACAUCUUUUCCUGCCUGGGAACUGGAAUUGCAGAGCCUGGCAGUGUGAGCCAUGCAGGACCAUGCAGGCUGGGAUCAUGGGGGCAGGGAUCACAUGGACUGGGAUCUUCCAGACUGGGACUGCACAGACUGGGACCAGAUGGAUCAGGGCCAUGCAGACUGGGAUUGUACAAACUGUGACCAUAUGGACUGGGAUGGCUGCACCAGAACAAUGUUAACCGAGGAUGUUCUGCCCCACCCAGGGUUCCCUCCCAGUCCUGCCCCGGUUUGCCGUGUGGGGGCGCAGCCAAAA